AUGAACGGCUUUGAAAUGUACGGCAAGGUAAUGAAGGUGACGAGGGCGAAGACACACAGUGAUGAGACGGUCAAGCGCAAAGCGGCCGAAUUGUUCGACGAGCACAAGCGCAAGCGCCUCAUGCUCAAAGGUGGGUUGCUCCCCUUUUCUCACCCUCCCCAACUCCUCACAUCAGCCCAUACUAACCCAUGCCUUGCACCCACAGACUUCAAGCGCGCAGAAGAAGACGCAAAAGCGCAAGCCAACCCCACCGUCGCAGCCGAGAAACCGCGUACCGCCAAAACCGGUGCCGCCGCCGUCCCCGAUGAAUACGUCCGCCCCAACAAGACGCUCUUCCUGCAAAACAUACCCCGCGACGUGGACGAGGAGACGCUCACGAAUGUGUUUGAGCGCUUUGAAGGCUUCAAGGAAGUCCGGCUUGUGUCUGUCCGCUCCGUGGCGUUUGCCGAGUUUGAGAAUGAGCAGUUUGCGAUUACGGCCAAGGAGGCGACUGCGAAUACGCCGAUUGGGGCAGAGGGCAAGCCCAUGAAGGUUACGUACCAGCGGCAGCAGUAG